UCGGCUUCCCUCCCCCUCUCUUUCUAGAUCUGGUCACUUGAACCGCUUGAACCACCAUCGGACCGGACUAGUGGCCGGUUCCCGGUGUCCAGGCUGAAUAUUAAAACCUGGUGACUUACAUUCAUAAUUACGAUGCUUCAAACUUCAAAGAUUCUCCAAAAUUCUUUUGAAGGAUAUUUAUGUUCGAGACCAGUCCUUCUGUUACAUUAUAUACGACCGAGUUUCACAUAGGUUCUCGAUAUUUUCUUCUUCUUGCUGAUAAGUCUAACACGACACCAUUUUGCAUUUCGUAUGUUUAAAAACCCAUGGCAUGAAACUUCUCUCUUUGCUUGAGUCCUCAACUUAUGAUCUUCAUAGAAUCAGAUUCUUCCCGCCAAAUCUCCAUUUCAAACCAAGCCCUUUUUUAGUAAUCUUCACUCAAAACUACAGAAAUUCUUCAUAUCAGUUCCAUCCAUUGAUGCAAAUCAAUGCAUCUCCCUCCGUUAGUAGGUGCAGAGCUUCAAUGCCAGUUCCCGAUCAAACCCAGUUUCGGGAUUUCAAGACAGUGCUUUUCCUUUGCUUUAGCACUCUUCAAAUCUGUGCCAGGAUGGGAUUUCUUUCUGAACGCAAACAAAUACACGCGCAUCUGUUCAAGUUUGGAUUAUAUAAUGUGCUUUCCUUGCAAAAUCAGGUCUUGCAUGCGUAUUUCAAGUGUAUGGAAAGUUCAGACGCGGAGAAGGUGUUUGAGGAAUUGCCCGUGAGAAAUGUAGUAUGUUGGAACAUUUUGAUUCGUGGUAUUUUUGACUGUGGUGUUUGCCAUGGCUUGAAUCCAUGCUUGGUGUUUUCUUAUUUUAAAAGGAUGAUGAUGGAAGCGGCUGCUCCUGAUUAUAUCACAUUUAACAGUAUGAUUGGCUUUUGCGUUCAGUUGAAUGAUAUUGACAUGGGCACACAAUUGCACUGUUUCACGUUGAAACUGGGAUUUGAUCUGGAUUGCUUUGUGGGCAGUGCUCUUGUUGAUUUAUAUGCAAAAUGUGGCUUAGUAGAUAAUGCAAGAUUGGUUUUUAGUUGUGUUGGGUUUAGAGAUUUGGUUAUGUGGAAUGUGAUGAUCUCAUGCUACGCCUUGAAUUAUUUACCUCAGGAGGCAUGUGCCAUUUUCAACUUGAUGAGAUUGGAAGGAGUAAAAGGGGACGGGUUCACAUAUAGUAGUACAUAUAGUAUAAGUUCAUGCGUUGCUUCUGAAUGUUAUGAUUUUGGAAGGCAGAUUCACAGUCUUAUCCUUAAACAGUCAUUUGAUUCUGAUGUUUUAGUGGCCACUGCUCUGAUGAACAUCUAUGCAAAACAUGAAAACAUAACCGAUGCACUACUGGUUUUCGACAAGAUGGCAAUUCGAAAUGUGGUGUCUUGGAACACCUUAAUUGUUGAGUGUGGAAAGCAUGGGCAUGGAAAUGAGGUCAUGAAGCUUCUUAGAAACAUGCUACGUGAAGAAACUCACCCUGAUGACUUGACUCUUUCCAGCACCAUUAGUUCAUGUGGGUGUGCUUCAGCCAUUACUGAAACCAAGCAAGCUCAUGCUCUUUCAAUCAAAUCAGGACUUGAAGAGUCUAUAUCUGUUGGCAAUUCUUUGUUAACUGCAUACUCCAAGUGCGGCAUUAUUGCUUGUGCAUAUACAUGUUUCAGCUCAAUCAUACAACCUGAUCUUAUCUCAUGGACUUCAAUGAUAAAUGCAUACGCAUUUCAUGGUCUUGCCAAAAAAGCUAAUGAGACAUUCGGGAAGAUGUUAUCUUGUGGGAUAAAACCAGACAAAAUAUCUUUUCUUGGUGUUCUCGCUGCUUGUGCUCAUUCUGGGCUUGUAAUCAAGGGCCUUCAUUACUUUAAAGUAAUGACCGAGGUGUACCAGAUCGAGCCUGAAACAGAGCACUAUGCCUGCAUAGUGGACCUUCUUGGAAGAUGUGGGUAUAUACAUGAGGCUUUUGAGUUGUUGAGGUCCAUGCCAAUAGAACCAGAGGGAAACACAUUAGGAGCUUUUAUUGGAUCUUGCAAAGUACAUGAACAGAUGGCUCUGGCUAAAUGGGCUGCAAAGAAGCUGAUGAUGAUAGAGCCAAAGAAAAGUGCGAACUACACUGUGAUGUGUAAUAUUUAUGGUUGUUACAGGCGUUGGGGUGAAGUGGAAAGGUUACGCAGAAAGAUGGAGGAAAGGGGCAGCUCAAAGGUCAGAGGUGGUAGCUGGAUAGAGAUUGGUGAUGAGGUAAGUUUCUUUGUGUCUUGUGAUAGAUCUCAACCCUGAAGCUCUAGAAGUGUAUGCUAUGUUAAUAAUGGUUAGUACAAUGAAAGAAGAUGCCAUUUUGGUUGUGUGAAGCUGGGAAAAUUGUUAGAAUACACCCUUCAACUUCAACUUCAACUUCAACUGAUAUAAUUAUAUUUCGUAAGACAACUAAUUUUAGUUACUUGUAAUGGUAAACGAUCAUUUCAAAAACUAUUUCUGAAGCACUUUUUUAAUCUUUAUUUUGGAGGAUCCUAACUCAUCAAAAGGUGUCACCUCAAAUUGACUUGAUUAUUUUUUAAAGUAAGAUGUAACUAACGGUGA